AUGUUUCUCUCGCAGCGGGCCCUUCCUGCUCUGCAUCUACAAACUAGACGAAACAUUUCUACUCGAGCUGCUAAUAUCCUGUCCGCUCUCGAUAUUCCGACAUCCAGCGAAGUGAAUGGUGUUUUCGAUGGUGAAUGGAAAGGGGCUGGCGAUGUGGUCGAAACUAUUUGCCCGACCACUGGCGAGGUCCUCGCACACGUAAAAACAGCGUCUCCAGAGGAGCUGCAUGUUGCCAUUGGCAAAGCGCGCGAUGCCUACGCGUUCUUCCGUCAUGUUCCUGCACCGCAACGCGGCGAAAUUUUGCGACAGAUUCGCGAGGCACUUGCCAGCAAGCGCUCCGAGCUCGGCGCUCUCAUUUCACUUGAGAUGGGUAAGAUCAGAACGGAAGGCGUAGGUGAGGUGCAGGAGUUUGUUGACAUUUGUGACUAUGGCGUGGGGCUGUCUCGCAUGAUGAAUGGGCGUGUCAUCGCAUCGGAACGUCCCGGUCACUCGAUCCUGGAAGGCAAUCUUCUGAUUCACAUGGCCUCGCUAGUGCCCAAUCCGCUAGGGGUUGUUGGAGUUCUUAGUGCAUUCAACUUCCCAGUCGCCGUUUACGGCUGGAACCUUGCUCUUUCUCUAGCCGCGGGAAACGCCACCAUCUGGAAACCCUCACCGACGACACCUCUCUGUGCAAUCGCUGUGACGACCAUAAUCUCGCGCGUCCUCGAAAAGAAUGGUAUCCCUGGUGCAGUAGCGGGUUUGGUAACUGGAGACAGCGAUGCCGGCGCAGCGAUUGUCGAAAACCGCGACAUACCACUGAUCUCAUUCACAGGAAGUGAGCGAGUCGGGCGUAUCGUGGGCAAGACUGUGCAGUCGCGAUUCGGGAAGACGAUCCUGGAGUUGGGCGGCAACAAUGCUGCGAUAGUCAUGCCCGAUGCCGACCUCAAAAUGGCGGUUCCGUCGAUAUUCUUUGGCGCGAUUGGAACAGCCGGCCAACGCUGCACAUCGACACGACGGCUUUACCUUCAUCGGCAAAUCGCUGACGAGUUCCUUGAGCGGCUUCAGAAAGUUUACUCGAAGAUCAAGCCUGGUGAUCCGCUAGAAGAGAAGACGUUACUAGGUCCAGUUCACACUGCUGCCAGCGUCGGUAUAUUUGAGAAGGCCGUUCAACAUCUACGCGACAUUGACGCCAGCAUACUUGCUGGCGGCGCACGGUACACCGCCUCAGACAUCUCAAAGAACCUCCAUGGCGGCUUUUUCGUACAACCAACCCUGGCGGUCCCGAAAAGCAGUGACCCAGCCGAUGCAUUGUGGCAAACAGAAACGUUUGCACCUGUUCUGAACUGUGCAGUGUUUGAUGAGCUGGAAGAAGCAAUCGAGUGGAAUAACGCGGUUCCACAGGGCCUAUCUUCGAGUCUCUGGACGCGCGACAUGAGGGGCGUUGGCAAGUGGCUAGGGCCUAGCGGAUCUGAUACUGGGAUUGUCAAUGUGAAUGUAGGGACUAGUGGAGCCGAGAUCGGUGCUGCAUUCGGUGGCAACAAGAGUACGGGAUGGGGACGUGAAUCGGGAGGCGAUGCGUGGAAGCAAUACGUGAGAUGGAGUGCCUGCACUGUAAAUUUCUCGGACGCGGCGCCUUUAGCACAAGGGGUAGAUUUUUCGUUGUGA